AUGCUGCAGCCACGUGAUGGUGCUGUUCCACAGCUGAACCUUCCAGCAGGUGGACCGCAGCAGCACCAGCUGGCAGCUCCUAGUGCAGUUCCCCCGCAGAACCUUCCGCCAAGUGGACCGCAGCAGCAGGUGGCAGCUCCCAGCAGUGCAGUUCCCCCGCAGAACCUUCCGCCAAGUGGACCGCAGCAGCAGGUGGCAGCUCCGCCUAGUGCAGUUCAGCAGAACCUUGCGCCGAGUGGACCGCAGCAGCAGGUGACAGCUCCUAGUGCAGUUCAGCAGAACCUUGCGCCGAGUGGACCGCAGCAGCAGGUGACAGCUCCGUGUGCAGUUCCGCCGCAGAACCUUCCGGCAAGUGGAGCGCAGCAGCAGCAGGUGGCAGUGGCAGCUCCUGGUGCAGUUCCGCCGCAGAACCUUCCGGCAAGUGGACCGCAGCAGCAGGUGACAACUCCUAGUGCAGUUCCGCAGAACCUUCUGGCGAGUGGCCCCCCGCAGCAGGUGGCAGCUCCUAGUGCAGUUCCGCCGCAGAACCUUCCGGCAAGUGGAGAGCAGCAGCAGCAGGUGGCAGCUCUUAGUGCAGUUCCGCAGCAGAACCUUCCGGCAAGUGGCCCCCCGCAGCAGGUGGCAGCUCCCAGUAGUGCAGUUCCGCCGCAGAACUUUCAGGCAAGUGGACCGCAACAGCAGGUGGCAGCUCCGCCCAGUCCAGCUCAGCAGAACCUUCCUCCAGCAAGUGGACCGCAGCACGUGGCUCCGGGUGCAGUUCCGCAGAACCUUCCAGGUGGACCGCAGCAGGUAGCAACUCCUUGUGCAGCUCCGCAGCAGAACCUUCCACCAGCAGCAGGUGGAAUGCAGCAGAUGGCGGCUCCUUGUGCAGCUCCCCAGCAGAACCUUCCGCCAGCAGCAGGUGGACCGCAGCAGGCGGCAGCUCCGUGCGCAGUUCCCCAGCAGAACCUUCCGCCACAGCAGGUGACAGCUCCAAGUGCAGUUCCGCAGCAGAACCUUCCGGCAAGUGGACCGCAGCAGGUGGCAGCUCCUUGUGCAGUUCCGCAGCAGAACCUUCUCCUGGCAAGUGUACCACAGCAGCAGGUGAUGACAGCUCCAGGUGCAGUUCCGCAGCAGAACCUUCCAGCAGGUGCGCAGCAGGUGGCAGCUGCAAGUGCAGUUCCCUGGCAGCAGAACCUUCCGGCAAGUGGCCCCCCGCAGCAGACGGCAGCUCCAAGUGCAGUUCCCCCGCAGCAGAACCUUCCGGCAAGUGGCCCCCCUCAGCAGCAGGUGCCAGCUCCAAGUGCAGUGCCCCCGCAGAACCUUCCGGCAAGUGGCCCCCCGCAGCAGGUGGCAGCUCCUAGCAGUGCAGAUCCGCCGCAGAACUUUCCGGCAAGUGGACCGCAGCAGGUGGCAGCUCCGCCUAGUGCAGUUCAGCAGAACCUUCCGCCAGCAAGUGGACCGCAAGAGGUGACAGCUCCGUGUGCAGUUCCGCAGAACCUUCCGCCAGCAAGGACGCUCCUGCAGCAGCCUGGAACUCCCUCCAUUUUGGAGAUGGUGCAAGAGCUUGAAACGCAGAUGGAUCAGGAGGAGCCAAUCAGUGUGAAUGACACGCCCGAACCCCCGCCCCGGCUGAAUCGCAGCGCUGUGUCAACACUGGCUUCGGCUGCUUCCUUUGAUGACACAUCAAAGGACUUGGUUGCACCGGACACGUCAGCAGCACUGCUGGUGAAGGCACCGUCGCCGUCGCCGACUCCCGUGACGGCGAAAGCGAAAAGUGCGGCAAGGACGAAGCCGAAGGCUGCUGCUGUGAAGGAUGAGUAUGCGCUGCCGGAGCUGACCUUGCAGGAGAAGGCGAUGUAUGGCAACUUCUGGUCGCGGUACCGCUCGAGCAGCUCGCUGUCGUUGACCAGUGAUGCGGAUUCCGUCGACUCCGACAUCAGCCAACCUGUGCCGAAGGGGCCGCCGGCAGUACCCCAGCCGAUGCCGUUGCCGACUGUGCCGCUUCAGCAGCCGCCGGCAGUACCCCAGCCGAUGCCGUUGCCGACUGUGCCGCUUCAGCAGCAGACGACAGCAGCUGCAGCAGGGCCGACGAGUGAUGCCAUGACGACGAUGCUGGCGACGGUUCUCAGCACGGCGGUGAGCCAUGGUGUUGAUGCAGCGGGGCUUGCGGCCAUUCAGCAGACCAUGGCCAGCAUUGUGGCUGCUGCAAAAGCCCCUGAUGCUGCUGCUGGAGUCGAGGCCGUUGACAAGACGAAGAUCAUCGACUCGCAGCCGGCUUUGCCGCCAAGCCCUUUUUCGACGCCUUUGCCGGCCAGCACAGCAGCAAGCCCUUCGACGCCUUUGCCGCCGGCAAGCACAGCAAGCCCUUCGACGCCUUUGCCGCCGCCGAGCACUGCGAGCCCUUCGACGCCUUUGCCGCCACAGACCGCUGUGACGAAAGCCCCGCCGACAGGACCUGCUCCUUCGACGCCUUUGCCACCGCAGACCGCUGUGACGAAAGCCCCGCCGACGGGACCUGUGGUCAACUCAAGCACCCACAGGACUGAGUACCGCUCGUUCCAACGCUUUUGCGAGAACUCACCGGGAGCAGUGGAGUUGAAGAAGGUGUGGGUGCAGGGCGGACCGCAGCGCUUGGCAAUGUUCCAGAAGUUUGUUCUGACAGGCUGUGGUAACCCUGCGGCUUUGGAAUGUGCCCUCCAGUUCCGCCGGCAGAGCGAGGAGGAGAGCAAAGACGAAGGUGAAUAUUAUUGCUGGCGUGAUAUACUCGCCUUUCACGAGGGCAACGAACAGAAGGCCUUAUCCUUCAUUGCAAGACGCAGAGCAGAGCCCAAAGGGACCAGUUGCGAUCGGAAUGAUCCUGAUAUGGAGACAUUUCUAUAUUACGGCCGCCAGCGACGGACCCUGACGGUUCGUACGAUCGACGAAAUCGCAAUCAGCAUGGGCGUCUGCCCGAACUUCGCCACGUCCGUGGCGGCACAGCUGGACUCCAUGAACGGCGCCCUGCCAGUUGCUGAUGGGGCUACUUCUUCGGUGAACCCGCCAGUGCCGGCCCCCGGCAAGGCGGCUCCAAAGGGAAAAGGCAGUGCGCCUGCGCCACCCGGCACGACGACGGAAGACCCCCAGCCGCCGCCCAAGAAGGCGAAAGUUCCGAAGCCGGAGGGAUCCGACAUGGAGUUGAUCUGCAGUGGAGAGAACGUUGGACUUUUCGUGAAGUCGUGGGUGGCCGCGGCGAACACGGCCCAGGGGCAAGCCGUGAAAACGUGUGCAGAGUUGGAGGUCCUCGAGAGCCAGGAGGCUUUGAUGGGGAAGAUUAAGGACUGUGCCGAAGGCAUCGGGGCUUGUCGCAAGAAGCUCCAGCUCAUGGGGACAGAGCCAGUGGCCGCCGAUGUGCAAUCGGCCCUGCUGGAGGCUACCGUGUUUGUGGAGGGUUUCAAGAAGCAUCUUCGAGUGGCGAAUGAACACUCGGUUUUCACGUGGGCCGGGGAGCCAGCUCCGGACUUCUUCAAGAAGUGGCGUCUGCGGCCGUCGCAGAAGCAGGGGAUGCAAAUGUACCAGGUGGGCUGCGAGUUUGGGCGCAUCAGGGCGGGCACUGUCGACUGGCUGGACUGGUGGCAGAAGGCCAAGAGCGAGCCAUGGGGGAAUCAUCCGGUGCAGUCCUGGCCGGAGGAGGCCAGGCAAAAAGCGGUGGCCGUGUCGAUUCACGGCGAUGAGGGUACUGGGAAGAGGAGCAAAAGCAUCUUGAUCCUGUCGCUUUCGCCCUUGGCCAUCCACCGGGGCGACUCGAUGCUGCAGAAGUUCCCGUUCUGUGUUGUGCGAUCAGACAGAUUUGUCUACGACAACGGCCAGAAUAUCACGCUUCAGGCGCUACAGCGCUACUACGCCGAUUCCUUUCGGAUUUGUGGCGACCCCGCCAGCGAAGGCCAACACGGAUGGACCAUGCACCCUGUCAUAUCGAAGGGAGAUUGGAAGCACAAAAGGGAAUGGUUGGAACAAUGUAGAAGCUACGGGAACCUUGCUAGCAAUGCUCCUCGUGAGCAGAACGCCGGCAGAAUCUGCCCGAGAUGCUUGUGCGAUGGCAGCACACCUGGAAAGCAUUGGGCUGACAUGCGUGAGGGCUUCGAUAACCAGGCAGACUUGGAUGAAGCUUCGAAUGAUAGUAGCUAG